AUGGAAGCUCUUACUUCAGCUCAGUAUGCAACUUAUAAUAAGAUGAGGAAUUCUUACGCAAAUUUUAAGAAGUUAGGCCAAGCCAAGAUGACUUGCGAGCAGGCGACCGCUCGGCUUAAACAAUUGGACAAUACCUUUUCUGAAUUUCAGUCUACUCAUAGUCUAAUCUGGAGCCAGGACCCCCCUAUCGCAAAGGAUCACCCUUAUUUGAAGGACGACGUGUAUCCUAGAAGAGAGGAGCAAUAUUACUUAAAUUUAGGGGAUUUCACCGAUUUUAUUGAUAGUAUCAGAGUUAAUAUUGGUUCUCAUGACUCUCCUAGGGGUAGCGAUCCAGUUUCUUCGUACUCGAGCCUUCCUCGGGUUGAUCUUCCACGAUUUUCGAGAAGUAGAGAGGAUUGGCCUCAUAUUCGUGCUGUUUUUAAAGCUUUGGUCCAUAACAAAGCUGAAAUUUUUCUGGCAAUAAAACAUCAUUUCUUGCAGACCCAAGUCAAGGGUGAAGCUGCAGAUUGGAUGAAAAAUAUUCCACUUACGUCAGAAAAUUAUAAUCAGGCUUGGACAACUGUAGUAGACUACUACGAUAAUAAGAGGAGGUUAGUUUCCAGCUAUGUUAACUCGACACUCAACGCUCCGUCUAUGAAGAAUAGCUCCUCUGUUGAGCUCAAACAGCUAAUUAGCCAAACUCUUAGGCCUCUUGCAACUUUAGAUAACCUUGAUCGCGCUGAACACAGCUUAGGAGAUUUGUUCAUUGGAAUUGUGUCCAGUUAA